GUCGCGACCGAACGCCGCCUCGCCGAACGCGCUACGGACGCCCCGAACCGCGACGACGACCGGUCCGCCCGGUCUUGUGAUUACACCUUGUGCGACACAUUAUAAUUGUGCAGUGUUAUUUGGACAUUUGAGAAGCUUCUGCUCCGUGAACAUAGUGUUACUCUCUUACUAACUAUCGUUUAACUUGUAAGUGCGGUCUAACUUAACUGUGAGUGUAAGUUUUGAAAAGUUUAAUUUUAUCUUUUACAGUGAUACGUCUUAAAAAGUGAACUAAACUUUAAUUGGAAGUCGUGUUUUAUGUGCCGGGAAUAUUUGUUGAAGAAGUUUUGUAUGAAUAUCAGUUGCUUUGCUUUAUAGUAAAGUUGAAACUUUUACAACUUACUCUUUCUUCAUACAUUUGUGUGUGUCGUCCGAUUCAAGUUCAAGAGCUUAUGAUCGAACACUUAAAAGAUCAUUAAGCUUCAUUCGUCUCGUCGCUUCUUGGACGAAAAUCGGACUCACAAAGUGCUGCUUAACCAUGUCAUAAGGUACUAAUUGGAUAUGAGAGGAUGAGCCAUGGAAUCACGAAGCGCGCCGCCGAGCCCCGACGAGCCCGGGGAGGCGGUGUACGACAGUCGGUGUGGACGGUACCCACACCCUCCUACUCUGCAGCGGACCUUCGCCAGCUGCCGCGAGAGCACGCGGCCGCGCCCUCAUCACCGCCAUGCCACAUCAGAACCCGCGCGACCAGACGACCACGUGCAGCAGUCGUUCGUCACAGCAGAGGUUCACGACUACCCGUCCUCAGAAUCCGGCAUCGCUGCCGACUGUCCCCAUGCUCAUACUAGCAAUGCUGAUGACAGCCCUUCUUAUGAUCGCUCGGACUUUGAAGGAAAUUCCAGCUACAGUUUGAGGCAUACUCCUGAUUAUCACCAUACGCUUGAUUGCAAGCACAGGCCUAUUGAUUACAAUCGUAGCCACACACCUGAUUACAAUCAUGGCCAUGGAUCGGACUGUGACCGAGCACACGGACGCUCACAAACAUCACGUCGACCGCAUAGGAAACACAGGCGCGAGGAAGACGAUGGUGCACAGUCACUUGAUGAACGAUGUGCCAGAGAUCUGGAUGAAAUCCUUCCAGCGAGGCUCGCCGCAGUCAAUCUAUCAAGAGAGCCUCCACCUCAGACCUGGAACAGGAGCAAUAUUGCGGCAACUAUGGAACGAUUUGAACCAGUUGAUUACUCUUAUGCUUACUACGACCAUCACCUAUCAAUGCCUUCAUCAUCAAGAAAAGUAAACCGUCAGCGAGGUAGAGGCGGUAUACCGCGAGAUCGGUCAUCUCGACACAACUAUGUCACUAGAUAUGGCACUGAAGAGAACAUUUAUGAAGAAAUCACAGAUGGCUCUAGAACGUGUCCCAAACAUCGAUACGCGCCACGUCAGUCACUAGUUUCUUUAGAUAGAAGUGUUGUCGAGGAGGAAGUUCGUCGGGUAGAAUCGAGGCACAAACGAAUUUUGGGCGAAUUGAAUCUUAGUGUAGAAGCAAUGCUGAUGCCGGAAUGCGAAUCUCCCGAUUCAGAGCGUGCAGAAGACAGAGACAAUAUCGAGGAAUUGUUGCGAGUUGGUCCGACGGACGAGUUACUCUCGCCGGCAAGUUGUAAUCCACCAGACUUAGACAGCGGGUUUAGUGGCAGCAGUAGCGGGGCAAGUUAUGUAGGUAGUUUGCGCCGUAAACCGACGGGAUCAGUGCCGCACUUGCCUGCUGUGGCGUACGGCACACGUGGAGCCGGCGUGCGGAUCCUCGGUGCUGAAGAGUGUGGCUUGCGAUGUCCCAAGGACAUACCAUCUCCACGUAGUUCCAGCUGUGGAGAUGCCAAAGCUAGCGGGUUUUGGAACAAAAAGGCGUGGAAGAAAAUAUCAGGUUUCUCUAGUUCUAACAGCAUCAACAAAGCCGGAUUAACUGAUGACGCGUGUAGGCCAAGCAGAGCUAAAUCCAGAACAGCCACUAUACCAUACAGCUACUCCAACGGAAAACUGGUGGUGCCGCUGGAUUCCCUAGCACAGAGCUGAGGGGCCAGUCCCCCGCGGCAUUCCCGCCUCCAACUCCUCCGAGGGACUCCUCAACGCCGCAGGACAACGCUGAACACAUAAUACGAAAGAUAUUUUUCUUAAAUCGAUCGUGUCACACUGAACAGAAACAUUCCAUUUGAGCCCGACAACGGGCGCCAUUAGAUUGUCGACACCUCAGCGAGUCUCAAAGACAAACUGUUCGAAGGUGUACCCAGUGUAAAUAUAGUGAACAGACAUUGAAAUGUUACUGUAGGACAAGCGAGGAGAGUAUACGUCGAAGUGAUAGAAACGCCUAAAUUAAUUAUUCGUAUUGUUAUAACGAUCGUUUCAUAGAAACGUAAUGACUACAUUGUUGUUACUUAUCAAUUUUUAGUAGUUAAUAGGUACAUGAAAAGGCUGACAAAGUUGAAACCGAUUUUGUAAAUGAUAUGAAGCUGCCAUGUUAGCUAAUACUUCAGUUUUGUCUACCAGUUUGGCGUUUAUCUGCGAUUUUUCUAUAUCAAAAAUAUUAGAUAUAAAAGUAAUUCGAUAUAAGAAAAUUUAUAACUCUAAAAGCUACAGAUCUUUGCCCAAAACAUGGUGCUUGAUAUAACAUUACUGGAACAGCUGUCACUGUGUUAUUUACUGAUCGUGUAAAUAACUUCAUGACCCGAGCUACAAGAAUUGUAAGGUCCAAUCUAUUUAUUUCCAACAUACAACUAUGUGUAAAUUCAUUUGUUUCAUAAAAGUUUUAAACGUUUAUCUCAUUCGGUAAAACUAUUGUUAAUAAUUGUUAGUCGAUAGUUGUAUAUUUUGUAAAUACAUGCGAAAAAUAUGGUGCACUAUUUGGUUUAUAAUUUAUGUAAAUAAAUAUGAAUGUAUGUAUACAGUCACAAUCGUACGCUUUAACUAUAUUUUACAUGCAUUUCUCGUAAACAGUUGAGUGUCCUCGUAAAUAAGAAUUUGAAUAAAAUAUCAGUAAUGUUGUGUUUUGUUUCGUGGGAUAUUAUUGUGAUGAUAGUGAUUCAUUCUUGUAUGUGUAACUCGGUGUUGAAUCGGAACACAUGCCUUUAUAGUAGUAUUUUGGUAUUAAGUGGUUGAUCCAUUACAUUUGCGUACCUCGGCGCGAGGCGUCGUUUGUAUUCGAGGCAUCCGCUUAGCUCGAGGCGUCUCAAAUGGAGCACCGGCUUUACGUGUACAGAUUUGACAUAUGGGAAUUACUAUGCGUGCUGAUUUACAAACAUAAAUAAACUGAACGGCUUUCACUCUACGCCACAUGUUGCCAGUAAUUGUUUGUGAUUUCGUAAUAAGGAUCUCGAUGCACACAUGUUGUUUCGUUCAUAAAAUUAUCUUCCUGUAAUUUACUGCACUUAUAAAUGUUAUACAGACUCUUGUCAUGUUUUUAUCAUGUGUAUACUUAAAUGUUUAACGUUAAUAAAAGGUCAUUACAUAUUAAAUUGUAAUUUCAUGUACAAAACGACAGUUUCACAGGUAAUCUGAGCGAGUACUUACAACAUAUAGACGUAGAGUGAACCGCUACCAUAGUAAUUAAGAAUAUAAUUUACCAAUCACAAGAGAAAUGUAAAUAGAUAAGUAAUAAUGUAAAUUUUCAUUUUAUCAGUCAGUGAGGGAGUCUGUGUAACUAUUAUUAUUCUAAGCUCGACUGAUACGACGUAAAAUAAUCUCAAUGUUACAUGAAAUAAUAUUUCUUUAACUGUCUGUAAUUUAGUGAUCGUGUUCAAGUCAAAAGAGAUUUUUA